ACAAACAGGAAAACAUUAGAUUUCGUUAUCAUCUUUCGGUAACCAAAUGGCUCGAACGAAGCAAACCGCCAGAAAAUCAACCGGAGGCAAGGCACCAAGGAAGCAGCUAGCCACGAAAGCCGCUCGGAAAUCAGCCCCGGCGACAGGUGGAGUUAAGAAGCCACACAGGUUCAGGCCAGGGACCGUGGCGUUGCGUGAGAUCCGGAAGUACCAAAAGAGCACUGAACUCCUGAUAAGGAAGCUACCAUUCCAAAGGCUGGUAAGAGAAAUUGCUCAGGAUUUCAAGACUGAUCUGAGAUUCCAAAGCAGUGCCGUGGCGGCUCUACAGGAGGCGGCUGAAGCUUACUUGGUUGGGCUUUUUGAAGAUACCAACUUGUGCGCCAUUCACGCUAAGAGGGUUACCAUUAUGCCUAAGGAUAUCCAGUUGGCUCGUAGGAUCAGGGGCGAGAGGGCUUAGAGUUGUAAAUGCUUAGUUUUAGCCCCUUUAUUGGGUGUUCUGGUGUAGAGUUGUAGGUCAGACUUGGUUCAAGGGGAAAUCUGUUUGUUAGGCUGUUGAAAAUUUUCAUAUUCUUCUC